AUGUUCGUAUCUGAUUAUGGUCAAACUACCCUUGCGCGCUACCUUUGCUCGCCGUCCACAGACACUAGCUUACGGUGGCCGAAAAACAACGCUCAGAGUGUCACCUACUGCGGCGGCUGGAGGUGUGAGGAGGAUAGAUCCCUCACGUGCUCUGCCUCCUUCUUUGCAAAAUCAGUGCUUCAGAAGGAGAAGACGGCAUACCAGAUCCUCUCGCUCUGCACCAUGGCAUCGGCCGGAUCCGAAUCAGGUAACCGAAGCUUCCGUGUCCGAGGCCGCGGGCCGCAGAGGCCGCCUUAUUUUACGCUUGCCCUGGCUAAACCGGCCCCGGUCUUGUGGUGGUCUAUUGGCUCCUUGAGGCGCGCGAGGAGAUCUACGCGCCGUACGCUCGGGCCUGGUAUUGGUCGGCUGGCCCAAAACCCGAAUGUGCAGCAAAGUAACAAUAAAUUACAAAGUACUCAGAGCGCCACCUACAAGCGCACGCGCAAGUGA